AUGACUCCCAAAAUUGUCCUUGUCACAGGUGGAAACGGCGGACUUGGUUAUGAGGCUGUCAAGGCUUUAUUUGAGGCCGAAAAGCCUUACCACAUCUUCAUGGGAAGUCGAUCACUUGACAAAGCGACCAAAGCUAUCAAAGAAAUCCAAAAUGAAUGUCCCAAGGCUACCAACAAGAUCGAACCCCUCCAAGUCGAUCUGACAAGCGACGAGUCCAUCGAGAGCGCAUUUGAGAACGUCAAAUCUGGCCCCGGCUACAUCGAUGUCCUUGUCAACAAUGCCGGUGCAACAUUUGAUCUCGAAUACCUCGCGAAUCGGGUGUCUCUCCGCGAAUGCUUCAACAACGCUUAUAACGUCAAUGUCGCUGGAACAAAUGUCAUGACAGCCACCUUUAUACCCCUUCUUCUAAAAUCAGUCGAGCCGCGUCUAAUCUUCGUGACUGGUCUAUCGGCAAUCAAUCAAGCUGCAGAGUCAUAUUUCCCCACACCUCCUCAGCCAGCUGGAUGGCCAAAGAAGAUUGAUUUCGAGACAAUCGGUUAUCGGUGCAGUAAGGUCGCUCUGAACAUGAUGAUGUUGGAUUGGAAUCACAAGCUGAAGGCAGAUGGUGUCAAGGUGUGUUGUGUGGCACCUGGAGUGUUGGCGACAAAUCUUGGAAAUGCGCGUGAGAUGGCUCUUGCGAUGGGGGCUAAGCACCCAAGUAUCGGUGGUCAGCUGCUCAAAACGGUUGUGGAGGGCGAGAGGGAUGAUGCCAUGGGGAAGAUUAUCGUUCGAGCGGGAGUUAUGGACUGGUAA